UAAACCAUCCAGUUUGAUUUUUACCUUAAGAUAAGAUGCCGGUUCUUGCAUAUUACUGAAUCCAGAAAACCAUUUGUUUCUAUGAUAAUUUAAAAAUUUCGCGGUUUUAAAACUGUUUUAAACUUUUCGCGAAUGGAAGGGAAUUUCCGUAGGAUUAACUGCCUUUCUUAUGGCCGGAUGCCGGUAAUAAUCCUUUGCCUUUUCUCAAUCAGUACGGUAUGUGGCGCUGGCUCGAUGGAAGAGGACCGCGCAGCACUGCGUGCCCGCAUGCGCCGCUCGUUGUCUACUUACUACAGUAGCAACAACACCAAAUCCCUUCCCAAGACCUGUCCUACAUGUGCGACCUGCCCACCGCCGUGUCCAGCGACGCCGGCGACCGUACCUUCGACGUCGUCCUGCUCCGAUAAUCCCUGCUAUUUUUCCUCCUUACCAUACGCUUGCUCGGCUGAACAGUGCGCUGAUUUCAUGGCGAAAACUGGCGAGUAUGGAAAGGCAGUGAUCGUCAAUCUUCCGGAAGAGCUGUGCGUCACCACGUGUCAACUGCAAGAUCUGUCGGGGACAGAACCCGUUGCCGGCCUGUAUGCAUUUGGUGCGUGUACACGGUACGAACGUUUGGACAUCACGGUCAACGGUCAGGAGCCCAACGUGGUGUCCGUGCUGAAAUGCGGCGCUGAUCAAUGCUUUCAAGCUAGUGGUUACGGACUGUUUUACUCCACCGACAACUGCAAUCCCGUCAUGUACAGCCAAGAUACCGUGCUGCAGUGCACUUUAUCGCUGAUUAAUGCACAAACCAUGAAUGGUGAAUUAUAUGCCACAGCGCAAUUUCGGUUAAAAAUCCAGUACGUUGACCAGAGGGACUGUGGACCAGUAAUAAUGGAUCUAGUACACCGGAAUAAUUAUGUAUAACACGUAUUGCACAAUACCUUCGCCUGUGUAACAUACUGUACAUGGAUUUAUUACAUAAUUAUGCAAUCAGACUAGUCAGAGUGAAUAUUAUCCUCAAUCACCUGCCAGCUCGCAUUCCGUGUGUAUCUGUACUCGAUAUGCGGAUUAUUGACUUACCAUUAAUUUUUGAUAGUUGUGAAUUUGUGAAUGUUCUGCUAACAUUUUAAAUAUAGUAUCUAGUCGUUCGAUUUGUGAAAUCGCAGUACUCUGUGUGCACAGGAACGAUGUCUUGCCGGCGGUACCGUCCGGAGUUUA